GUAUAGAUCACUAAGUAGUAAGUACAAUAUGUACCAAAGUCCGCUCACAACCUCACUCUUGACUCCCAUCAUUGAUUUUUAUAGUUUUCUUUGUAAACAUUAAUGAAAAUGGGGAUGCAUUUACUACCCUUUGUUGUCCAAUUCCCAUUUCUACAUAAAGCCAGCAAGGUUUGAGCUUUACUCAACUCCCCCCCUCUCUCUCUCUCUUCCUCUCUCUCACACCAAAAACACACACUAGUUGCACAUACAUCAUUGUCCCUUUGGACUUAACAGUAGCUGAGAGGAAAGCUCAUGGAAAACACAGUACUGAAUGAGGAACAGAUUGUUGAGUUCCAAGAAGCCUUCAGUCUCUUUGACAAAGAUGGAGAUGGCUGCAUCACUGUAGAAGAACUGGCUACAGUUAUAAGGUCUUUGGAUCAAAACCCCACUGAGGAAGAGCUGCAGGACAUGAUCAAUGAAGUAGAUUCAGAUGGGAAUGGAACCAUAGAAUUUGCAGAGUUCUUGAACCUCAUGGCCAAGAAAAUUAAGGAAACUGAUGCUGAGGAGGAGCUUAAAGAAGCUUUCAAAGUGUUUGAUAAGGAUCAAAAUGGUUAUAUAUCAGCUAAUGAGCUUCGUCACGUGAUGAUCAAUCUAGGGGAGAAAUUAACAGAUGAAGAGGUGGAGCAGAUGAUCAGAGAGGCUGAUUUGGACGGUGAUGGACAAGUGAACUACGAUGAGUUCGUGAAGAUGAUGAUGACCGUGGGAUAGAGGAUCAUGCACCACUUUCAAUUUUCUUUUUCUUUUUUUUUGGUUAUCUCAAGUUUAAUUUCCCACCAAUUAUUUCAUUAUUAUUGUUAACAUAUAUAUCUAAAUGCAGUCACAAAAAAUAGGAUCAAUUUAUUUUUUUUUUCCCUUUUACUAAUAUUUCAAGUUCAUGUGCCAUUUUUGCUACUCAAAUACAUUAUUUUCAUGAUUGUAUUCUUUAAU